AUGUUGUGUAUGUUAAAGAAUGGCUUUGUGUUGGGGCAGCUAUCGGCGCAAUCUCGUUGUAUCCUCACAUAUGGGGCAAACGCUCGACAACUCUGUGAGUUUCUAACUCUCACUCCAGCUGUGUUUGUGACAGUGCAAGCCGCAGAUUUUCUUCAUGACGAGACAAUCAGGAAACUCAUCACUUGGCAUUGGGCUGGAAAAGUGCUGUUCCUUCUCGGAACUCCCUUGCUUGAACAUCUUACUGGCUUUUUCUUUCUAGAAGCACUCCAUCUCUGCCUACUUCUAUGCCUACUUCUUGCUUUAAAAAUCGAGGACGCUCAACCAACGACAUCCCAUUUUCUCAUCACCCCUCAGGGACAUCAAGCAAACAAUGUGAAAGACGUUAAAGUGAGAAAUUCGGAAAGUGAUAAAGACACUCGCGACACGACACUUUCUCUGGCUGAAAAUUGUAAUACACUAGUUGGAAGUGCUAGAAUCUUUACGGAUCCACCAUCAGUUCUUGCUUCUGAAAUUACGCUCAAGGAACACUACACAAAACAUGACUGCAUUGAGGAUGCGCUUCUCCGGAGUCCUUAUACCAACGGAAUUGAGCCAAUUCACUGUUCACACGGCCACUCCAUGGGGCGACUAUUCAUUAUA